CGUGUUUUUGUGAACGUACCAGUCUUGCCCAACAACAAAUUAAACGAAAAGAUAACCAGGCCAGGUCAUGGAGUUUGCUGAGUUGAUAAAGACACCCAGAGUGGACGGGGUUGUCCUUCAUCGGCCUUUCAUGCCUACUGUAGAGGGGACCCUGUGUUUGACUGGUCAUCACCUGAUUCUCUCAUCCAGACAGGACAACACUGAGGAGCUGUGGCUUCUUCACUCAAACAUUGACUCUAUAGAGAAAAGAUUUGUGGGGUCUCUGGGAAGCAUCAUAGUCAAAUGCAAAGACCUGAGAGUGAUCCAGCUCGACAUCCCCGGCAUGGAGGAGUGUCUCAACAUUGCCAGCUCUAUUGAGGCUCUGUCCACACUCGAUUCGCUCUCCCUGAUGUACCCUUUCUUCUACCGGCCCAUGUUUGAAGUCAUAGAAGAUGGCUGGAAUUCAUUUCUUCCAGAGGAUGCAUUUAAAGAUUUGGAGUCCAUGACAGAUGAGUGGAGACUGAGUGUAGUCAACAAGGAUUUCAGUGUGUGUCCAUCAUACCCCCCUUUGGUGGCAGUGCCCAAAGAUGUCGAUGAUGACACGCUGAGGAAAGUAGCCACCUUCCGUCACAGUGGCCGUUUCCCAGUGCUUAGCUACUAUCACAAGAAGAAUGGCAUGGUGAUGAUGCGAGCGGGGCAGCCUCUGACAGGCACCAACGGGCGACGGUGUAAGGAAGACGAGAAGCUGAUCAACGCCACCCUGCGGCCAGGCAAACGUGGCUACAUCAUCGACACACGCACUAUCAGCGUUGCCCAGCAGGCCAAAGCUCGAGGUGGAGGAUUCGAGUCGGAGGCUAACUACCCCCAGUGGAGGAGGAUCCACAAGGCGCUCGAAAGGUCCAACAUCCUACAGGAGAGCCUGAUAAAGCUGGUCGAGGCGUGUAACGACCAGUCGCACAGUAUGGACCGCUGGUUAAGCAAGCUCGAGGCGUCCAGCUGGCAGGCUCAUGUCAAAGAGAUCCUCACCACUGCCUGCCUGGCUGCACAGUGUAUCGACAGGGAGGGAGCGUCGGUGCUCGUCCACGGUACAGAGGGGACAGACUCCACCCUGCAGGUGACCUCCUUGGCUCAGAUCAUCCUUGAUCCGGCCUGCAGGACCAUCAGAGGCUUCCAGGGCCUGGUGGAGCGAGAGUGGCUGCAGGCGGGUCACCCGUUCCAGCAGCGCUGUGCCCAGUCAGCCUACUCCAACAGCAAGCCUCGCCAAGAGGCGCCUGUCUUCCUGCUCUUCUUGGACUGCGUGUGGCAGAUCCUUCGCCAGUUUCCCUGCUCCUUUGAAUUCAGCGAGAGCUUCCUGGUGCUGCUCUUCGAACACGCCUAUGCUUCUCAGUUCGGUACCUUCUUGGGCAACAGCACAGCUGAGAGAGCCAAACUGUCUCUGCCGGAGAAGACUGUGUCCCUUUGGUCGUGGGUGAAUCGGCCGCAAGAGCUGGAGCGUCUGACCAACCCGCUCUACGAGGCCAACAGCCUCGUGAUCUGGCCCUCGGUUGCCCCUCAGAGUCUGCUGCUGUGGGAAGGAGUGUUCCUCCGAUGGAACCGCUCCUCCAAGUGUUUGGACGAGGCUUAUGAGGAAAUGGUACAUAUAAUUGAAUAUAACAAGGAGCUCCAGAAGAAAGUAAACAGCCUGCGCAGACAGCUGGCCCAGCUGGAAACUGAAGAUCCUCUGCUGCAGACGCCAUAGAGAGAGUGAGAGAGCGAGAGGAAAGAAGAUGGAAGACAGAGGUAGAAAAUGUGAAAACAGCAAACUACAUAAACAGAUCAAUGUCGGCCUGGUUUCAUGUUUCAUUUAGGUUUGAAUUCUUUUCACAUGUUUGAGAAUAUGUAAUCCAAGCAGUUUGAUUUUGAGUUCACGGACUGAAAGAGCGCCCGUGAAGAAAAAAAAAAAGAAGACUUUUAGCCAGUUUCACUGUGCGUCACCGAAACUAAGCUGGACUGAGAGGGAAAGAUGCAGAAACAAACAAAGCAAAAGAGUCCUGGAAUAAAAGCCAAGCACUCAUCAUCUCAUAGUCCUGCAAUACAAAGGCCGAAACAAUUAGUCAAGUCAUCAAUCAGUCGAUUGUGAAAAAUAAUUGGCAAAUGUUUAGUCAUUUAAUCAUUUCAGCGUUGCUUUGGCGUGUCAGCUUGAUUUCGCAGUUGCUGAACCUCGUCAAACCCUCAUUUACAUACGCAGGUACCUAAAAAUCCAGUGAGUGAGUCCAUUAUCCCCCAGCCUGUGUUAAGAUUUCUAUAAAGUUCUGGGCAUUGAUCGUGGUCAGGAGGGAAUGCUGGUCCUUGGGAUGUUCAUUCACUACAGGGUACACAUUUGCACCAAACAUCCUGCUGAUUGUAUGUGCCACUGAAGCACUGCAGAGUAACUAUGGCAACAUAUAGGGUGCUAUAAGGCAGCAUGUGCCUUCGCUGCACGUUGAGAUGAUAUAAUAAGCGUAGGUAUGGUCGGCGCCUGCUGUACAAUGAGAGGGCAGGCUUGUCUUAUUAGACCAAAAUAUCCUGAUACUUGUAUGUUUAUGAGAUCAUUACUUGACAUUCCAGUAGGAAGCACUGCAGGACGUAUUAACAAAUACUUCUUUAACCUUAUAAAAUGUCAUCAGCUUGCCUCAUUACGGCUGUCAAUAUUUAUUCCAGUCUCAUAUGCAUGAUAGUAAAAUAGUCAAAUAUGUCCAAGCACAUGUUGCAGAAAAAAAAGAGCUAUGAUGGUACUGGAGGUUUUGUUGCCACAGUAAUGGAGGCCAUGUUCAGCCCUUACAGAGCUGAACACAUGCAGGUUUGUCUGCAUUAAUGUGAGAUUACUGCUUUAAAGACCAAUUUAUGUUUUGGUUAUCAAAGUUCUAUAAUGUUGCGUUCAAGUACAUUGUUAAGCAAAAUGCACACUCGCUAUUUUGGAGUUUAAGAUGCAGAACUAAUGCACUUUGUGUGAAAUAUCCACAUACGCCUGUAAUUCUGUAAUCGGCAUCAUUUUUCACUUACCAGCUAUUGCCAUUUUAGACAAUAAAUGUGUUAAUAUUAAAACAUGCCAACAUAUCCCGCUAAUGUAAAAUCCAACUACUAGGCUUACUACAGAUGACACAGUGUGUCAUAGGAACAUUGUUACCAACCCAGGACUCAUCACAGCACAUCAAACACAAAAACAUUGUUGGUGUUUCUUCUAAGUCUUUGAUCGUCAUCAAAGAGGCAACAACUCAGCCUAAAUUAUCCUCUCAUGUUGACAUUACAGCUCAUCUCCCAGUGCUGUCCAUUGGCGUGGGCGUCUUGUAUUAGCAUUACACCGUUACUUAAGCUUUACGCUGCACUUUAAAUACAAAAACAUGGGCCGGUUUGAGGUGAAAUGAAAUCCAGUGUCCAACCUGGGCCAGUUUUGUUUGCUCUGCCAGUAAGAAAAUGCGUUUUUUUUUUCUGCUUCUCUCCAUGUCAUGUUCAUAUAUUGAAACCAUUUUGCUUGACGACGAUGUGAUAGUCACACUAAUCUGAGCUGAUUCCAGCCACUACGUUAAACUGCAUUAUAAAGGGAAGGUUGCUUAUAGCUGCACAACAUCCAUUUUUUCCAGUUGCCAAAAAUGACACCUUACCUUCCGUUGCUUUGUGUGUGCAUGAAUGGAGCACCGAGUUAAAUCAAAGUAAGGGUGUGAUUUAGAAUUGUGCACUUUUUCAUAUGCUUGCGUUAUUCGUAAUAUUAUCCUUAAAUGAUUAUUGCUUUGUCAAAGUCGGCAAAACUCUAAAAAAUCAUUAGCAAUGUGGACAAAUAAUGCUUUUGUCUGAUUUUGUCGUAUAUGUCAGCUUUGUGCAAUGCCUUACUGCAAGAUCAGAAUAAGAAAUAAACAUUUCUUUUAUCACUGCUGAUCACAUGUCUGUAAAAUCCUAUUAUUGUUUGAAAGAUGAAAUGUUUUUUUAGUGUUCAAGCCAUUAAAAAUUGUCGC